UCAAUCGUUUGGGCUACAGAUGUAGUGGUGUUACAUCGAACCAGAGUUCGCAAAUACUCAUCACUGAGGAGUAAAAUUUUUAUCUUCCUCCUCACUACAACACAAUUGAGGAGCAAUAAAUUUUGAUUUCCUCAAUUGUGAGUUCAAAGGAAAGAGUGCUCUUCUAGAAUAUUUCUCUUUAAUACUUAUCUUAUCUUUUCGCUCUAAUAUUUUCCGCAUACGUACGUGCUCCUCAAAAUAAUACUCCUCACAAGAGCGCUAAGUUUCUUUUUCUCAUCUCAGGUUUUAUCACUCAGUAUUUUGUAUCGCUGAUAAAGUCAGUUAUGCAGCAGAGAGUGCACUUGAGCAAUUUCUUAUUCUCUUAGAGAGUAUGUAUAUUUAUAAAUUUAUGUUAAAGUUUAAUUGUUGUUGGUGGAAAUAUUAACAGUUUUGGGUACAUGCAUGAUUAACCGUUAAUUUAAGUUGUAUUGUGAGUAGGUAAUUAAUCAGGAAGACGAUGCAAAAAUAGUGUUCUCUAAGAGAAUUUCUCUAUACAAUGAUUGUUUUUUUUUUGUCAUCGGUUUUUCCAUACUUGGCAUUUUUUCAAUUGUCAUUUUGGAUUAAGACGCAUUGCAGUUUUGUUAGCUUAAAAUUUUAUAAGUUAAAAAUGGGAAGGUUUUCAAAAAUUGACAAAACAAAGUACGUAUCAUACGACAGUGAAACAAAUCAAUCGAUGUGCCUUUUAUGCAAAAAACAAUUUAAAGGUCAAGUUUUGCACAACAUAAAAAGACAUUACACUUUAGUUCACAAAUAUAAUUUUGUACAAAUUGAGUCAUCGGAAACAUUAAGAAAAGUAAAAAUAAAAUUGAAUCAAAGUAAUUGUUUUAAGUGCUGUGUGGGGCUGAUUACUGUUAAAGCAAUACCAUUUAGGCUUUUUGAUGAUGAACAGUAUUUUAAAAAAAUAAUAGAGCCUUAUGAACACGAAUUUAAUAUAACAGUAAACUCAAGGAAUAUAAUUGAAAGACUUGGCACGUGUGCUGAACAAAUGAAAAUCAAACUAUCUGAUUUACUACGAAACAAAAUGAUUUGCAUAAAGUUGGACAUUGCUUCACGAAUGGAAAAAAGUAUAUUGGGAAUAAACGUUCAAGUUAUUGAUAAUUUUCAAAUAAAAGUUUUUACUAUUGGGAUGGUGGAAUUGAAAAAAAGACACACUGCACUGUUUCUAAAGGAAGAAAUCUUAAAAAGUUUCCAUAAAUUUGGUAUAAACGCGGCACAAAUAUAUUCUUCUACUACCGAUAAUGGAGCGAACGUUGUGAAAACUUCAGAGUUACUUCAAGAAAGUGAAACCACGGAUGAUGAUGAAUAUGAACAAAUUCACACUAGAUUGAAUUCGGUAUUGUCGGUGGUAAGAUGUGCUGUACAUACGCUCCAACUAGCUGCACAUGAUGUAUAUAAAACUGUUUCAACAGAAUUAACAAAGUGUAGAGAGGCGGCACGUUUUCUUCGAAAAAAGAUUCGUAAUGAAAAUUUUGGUGAAGGUAUCCGAAUGCCUACAUUAGACAAUUUAACUAGAUGGAAUUCUACGUUCGAUAUGUUAAAUUCUCUGUUGAACUUGGAAGAAUUUGUAAAUAUUCACGAAGUUAACUGUCAAAUAAAUUGGGAUUUCGUACAAAAUUUUGUUGCUGCGUUUAAGCCCAUUGCUGAAUGUACAAGAAGUUUGCAAACUGAAGAUUAUAUAAUGGGUGAUUUCUACAGGGAUUGGCUGCUUUGCGAAACGAAAUUGGAAACUAUGCCGAACAAUAUCUUCGCUAGUAUUUUAUUAGGAUCAAUGCAGUUGCGGAAGGAAAAGCUUCUUGAAAACAAUGCAUUCGUUUCCGCUUUAUAUAUGGAUCGAAGAUUUAAUUAUAUGGAUUCACUGUUCUUUAAUGAAAUGCAAAGAAAACAGGCGGUAUCACAUAUUAUUUCUACAAGCACAAUGUUAAGUUCUUUGGAGGGAAAUCCAAUAUGCAAUGAUGCAGUGGACAGCCAAGUUGAAUUCGAACCUUCUCUGUCUUCAAAUGAUACUUUUCAAUUACUUGAACAAAAAGUUACUUCUUGGACGCAGCAAUCUCCUCAGUCAACAAGCAAUGUUCAAACAAUUCGUCAAAAACUUGAAGGACUAGCACACGAAACUCGGAUGCCUUUCCAAACAAACAUACUGGAUUACUGGAAAGGUUUGCGAAGCCAUGAGCCAGCUUUAGCCAAAUUAGCCGAAGUAGUUCUAUCUGUUCCAUGUAGUCAGACUUCAGUGGAACGUGCCUUUAGUGCUCUUUCGUUAAUUUUAACUAAGCAUCGUUCCAGGCUCAACGCACAAAAUAUCAAUAAUUUGCUUUUGAUAAGGUUAAAUGAAGAACUUUUUAAUAAUAUGAAUUUUUCUUAAGGUAUUUUGUCAU